GUAUUCUUAUUCUAAAGAUAUUACCUAUCUUUGUUUAGGCAAUAUCAUACUCGUGCAUAUGUUAUUUAUGCAAAUGGGAAAGUGUGAACCGCCGAAAAUCUGUCCUAUUUACUGCAUUUGUAAUUUAAGGAAUAAUCUUAACCACGCCGAUUGCAGCUCAAAAUAUCUAAUAAGUGCAAAUACUGCUGUACCAUACCAAGUCGAGUCCUUGGAUUUAAGCUACAAUGAUAUUACCGUACUGGACAAUGCCAGCUUUCAGGGUUAUGUUCACCUCAAAAACCUAACGCUAGGGCACAAUGCCAUACACACCAUUUUCUUAGACACGUUUGUACCAUUGAAGCGCAUACGCGCUAUAGACCUCUCCUAUAAUCGUCUGGAGUUCAUCGAUCCGCGGAUUUUCGAGUCAAAUCGUAAGAUAGACACCCUCAACUUGGAGGGCAAUAAGUUUUUCUCAUUGGCCAAUGAACCAUUCUUACGUAGCAAAUCACUGCAGACACUCAAUUUGGCUAGUGCGCAGAUUAACGUACUUUUACCGGUACACUACCGUGCACUGCCACAAUUGCAAGCUAUCGAUUUGACGCGUAAUCACAUCAUAACGAUCGAUAAGUUUGCCACACAAGCGCCAAAACAGUUACGAACGCUAAACUUAGAAGAAAAUAAUUUGAACUGGCACAAUGCCAUACACACCAUUUUCUUAGACACGUUUGUACCAUUGAAGCGCAUACGCGCUAUAGACCUCUCCUAUAAUCGUCUGGAGUUCAUCGAUCCGCGGAUUUUCGAGUCAAAUCGUAAGAUAGACACCCUCAACUUGGAGGGCAAUAAUUUUUUCUCAUUGGCCAAUGAACCAUUCUUACGUAGCAAAUCACUGCAGACACUCAGUUUGGCUAGUGCGCAGAUUAACGUACUUUUACCGGUACACUACCGUGCACUGCCACGAUUGCAAGCUAUCGAUUUGACGCGUAAUCACAUCAUAACGAUCGAUAAGUUUGCCACACAAACGCCAAAACAGUUACGAACGCUAAACUUAGAAGAAAAUAAUUUGAACUGUGAUAAAACUCUUCGCACAGCCAUUGAUCAAUUGAAG